AUGGAGACCCCCCGCGAUUCCCUCUCCGCGACCGCUAGCAGACCGGAAAUCUCUUCUGAGGAAGGCAGCACCGCAGGAACCGUCUCCCCCUGGCUCGACGGCGCAAAGGUACAGCAUAGGUAUGGUUCCUGGCGUGCCUGGUCGACAGUCUUCGGCGCCUGGCUCAUCCAAUUCUGCACAGUCGGAUUCAUGUCCGCGUUCGGAGUCAUGCAGACGUACUACGUGCAGGGCUUCCUCUCAAACUCGUCCAAUUCCGCGAUCAGCUGGAUCGGGAGUGUGCAGCUUUUUCUCGACCUCGCACUCGCAGCGGUAGGCGGCGACCUGAUGGACAAGGGAUAUUUCAGACACGUUGUUGUCGGCGGGUCCGUCAUCUACAUAGUCUGCUUAUUUCUGCUGUCCCUCGUCCAACCGUACCACUAUUACCAGGUAUUCCUGGCGCAAGGACUCGGCAUGGGUUCGGGUAUAGGCCUCGUCUAUCUACCAACGUCCGUCAUCGUCCAAAACCAUUUCAAGCGCGACAAGGCCCUCGCGAUGGGUCUUAUUCCCCGGCGCGUGCAGCUCUGA